AUGAUGUUCGGCCUGGCCGAACAUUCGAAAGAAAUUAUUGUGUACGAGAUUUAUGAAGAUGGUGUUGCAAAGAAGGAUGGUCGCAUUCAAAUUGGUGAUCAAAUCGUUGAAAUAAACGACAAAAAAGCAUCUAGCCUUUCAAACAGAGAAGUGAUGAUGGAGUUGCGAAAGCGCGUGGAUACCAUAAAACUGUUGAUUAUGAGCAGCGCAGUGAAUUCCAACAUUCAGUUCGUUGAUUAUAACCGACUGAAAGAAAUGCAUUUUCAUAAAGAGCAAUUAAUCGUAAAUGUUGUGAAAAGGCCCGGUAAAUUUCUUGGUUUUUCAGUUGCAUCAGUUUGGAAUAAUAAAGGUCUAGCUAUCACUAGUGUGUUGAAAAAAAAUAGAUCAAUUGAUGAAGAAGAAGAAUGGCUAGUGGGUGAUGAAAUAUAUUCAGUUAACGAUGUAGUUUUAGAAGAUUUGCCAUCAGAAGAAGCUGUUCUCCUUAUCAAGAUUUUGUCUGGAAAUUUAAAGAUAGAGCUUCAUCGAAUGAAGAUUGGUUUGGGUCAUCAGACAGUUGAAUUAGCAUAUCCACUCAGCCCCUUCUCGCCAACUUCUUUCAACGCUGAAUUCAGUUUCAACCCCAAUGCUGUUAAACAUUCUAAAAUCAAGAGGUUUUUUAAUGAGGUGGUUAUCCAGGGCCCAUUUUAUACUGACUACGCCACUGAUUAA